GUGAUCUCAAUAAUCACCUUCUUUUCCCUUCCCCUCUAAAAGCUUCAACAAAUUUUGUACAACCACCAUCACAUAAUGAGAGAGAAACACUGAGACAAUUGGGUUCCAGGAAAAACAUCAAGAGAGAGAGAGAGAGAGAGAGAGAGAGAGAGAGAGAGAGAGAGAGAGAGAGGAUUUAAUUGCUUCAUUACUUGUGUGUACAUGUGUAGCCAAGCCAUAUGGCUAAUGCUAAUACUAGAACAACAACAGGAGCAGCAGCAGCAGCAGCAGCAUCAACUUCAAAGUUCAUCAAAUGUGUGACAGUUGGAGAUGGAGCUGUUGGGAAGACAUGCCUUCUCAUCUCUUACACCAGCAACACUUUCCCUACUGAUUAUGUUCCAACUGUUUUUGACAACUUCAGUGCCAAUGUCUUGGUUGAUGGGCAAACUGUAAAUCUGGGUCUUUGGGAUACUGCUGGUCAAGAAGAUUACAACAGGCUGAGGCCACUGAGUUACAGAGGAGCUGAUGUUUUCCUUCUUGCCUUUUCCCUCAUUAGUAGGCCUAGCUAUGAGAACAUACCAAAGAAAUGGGUCCCUGAGCUGAGACAUUAUGCUCCAUCAGUGCCUAUAAUUCUGGUGGGGACCAAACUAGAUCUGAGAGAGGAUAGACAGUUCCUAAUGGAUUACCCUGGGGCAUGUACCAUCUCAACACAACAGGGUGAAGAUCUGAGAAAACGAAUAGGAGCUGUGGCAUAUAUAGAGUGCAGCUCAAAGAAACAGCAGAAUGUGAAGACUGUUUUUGAUGCAGCUAUCAAGUUGGCUCUGCAUCCUCCAAAGUCCAAGAAGCAAAAGAGAAAUUUGAACAUCUGCAGAGUUCUUUAAUCUCUCUCUCUCUCUCCUUGACAGCUUCUUUGACACUUUUGUUCAUUCUUUUCAACCCUCUUUUUCUUUCUGGGUGCUUCCUUCUCUUUUCUGGGAGAAAAGUGUGCAAUAUUCAUUGUGUUUUUUCUUUUAACUUCAUUAUAAUGUUAUUGGGUUUGGGGUAAA